AUGGCUCGCAAAUUCUUCGUCGGCGGCAACUUCAAAAUGAAUCCCAACACGGUGGCUGAGAAGAAGAAGCUCGUCGAGCUGCUUAAUCAGGCCGAUAUCGAUUCCCUCAUCGAGGCUGAUCUUGACCUAGAGGUCGUUGUGGCCCCUCCGUCACUCUACCUUCUGCCUCUGAAAGACAUCCUGCGACCAGAAAUCCAGGUUGCUGCCCAGAACUGCUACUUCAAGGACUCUGGUGCGUUUACGGGCGAGAUUAGCCCUGCUCAACUCAAGGAUGCCGCCAUUCCGUAUGUUAUCCUUGGUCAUUCUGAACGAAGAACUCUGUUCCACGAGUCUUCUGCAACCGUCGCGCAAAAAACGAAAGCCGCAAUUGCCUCCUCCCUCUCGGUCAUCCUCUGUAUCGGAGAAACCCUUCAAGAGCGCGAAACUGACCAGACCACGCAAGUUUGUUCAGCACAACUCCAAGCUGUAGUCGACGAAAUUUCCCCGGACGAUUGGAGCAAAAUCGUCAUUGCGUACGAGCCUGUCUGGGCUAUCGGAACCGGCAAAGUCGCGACCUCGAAACAGGCCCAGGACACCCAUGCGGACAUACGCGCUUUCCUCGCCAAGGCAGUUUCUCCAGCCGUCGCAGAGUCGAUUCGCAUCAUCUAUGGUGGAAGCGUAAAUAAGGGCAACUGUGGGGAGCUCGGUGUCCAGCCGGAUGUCGAUGGCUUCUUAGUUGGAGGGGCGUCACUCAAACCCGAGUUUGUUGACAUUAUCAAUGCCACCCGCAAGUAG